AUGCACAGUGCUAAAGGCACCAAGAAUCAGCUACCUAGAUCAGGUGCUGAUGCUCUCAAAGAAGCGGACGAUGGGCCAUUGACUCCAAAUAGAGCCCCUGUUUUGUAUGAUACGCAAUCAGUCGGCUCGAAUGAAGUCAACCAUGAGCCGAUUCCGUUUCAAGGACACCAUCACAAUGAUGCAGACGAGGUUCUUUCACAAAGCAUGCCUAAUAUGGGUGGAGCACGCUGGUUGACGCCACAUAUGACGAGGCGGAAUUCAGAAAAUACAUUGACGAAGCGGCCUUCCAAGAGUUACCUUCUGUCACCGAAAAAGUGGUUUUCGAGUACUAAACGAAAGAAGAAAAAGAGCAAGGUAAUUGAGGGGCCCUACAGCAUAGAAUACUCGGUCUUUAGACCUAUGAACUAUUUACCACCGAUAAAGUCAGAGGCUGAUUUCAAUGACCACUUGAUGAACAUCUUACGGCAGGAGAACGUUGCAGAUGCGAGCCAACCUCCAGAAAAUUACAUCAGUGCUGCCGAUUUCGAGGCGUUAGUAUCAGCCAUGACUCAUGACGUUGAAUACGACACAGACUUGAGCCCCAUGAGGAUAAGUCAGGGCUCACUGGGGAGCUAUUUUGUGCUCGGCAAACGCGAGAGAGCUGGAAACAACGACUCAGAAUACACAAUCGAGAUCUAUAAAAGAGGGAUCUUCAAGCCAAAAGAUGAGGAGCCUUAUGGGCCCCUAUCUCCAAAGUGGUCGAAAUGGCUACAUCGCACGUUCUUUCCCUGCUUCUUCGGUCGGGCCUGUUUGAUUCCAAACUUGGGCUAUGUCAGUGAAGCAGCUGCGUGUGUCCUCGACAGGCAACUUCUUUCGUUCAUUGUACCCCACACAGACAUUAUAUUUUUGAAAUCAAAGGCUUUUUAUUAUACAUUCUGGGAAAGAAUUCGUUCCAAACCGCCAAAGUUCAAAAUUGGCUCGUUCCAGAUGUUUUUGAAUGGGUACAUCGAAGCCCAACAAUUUUUUAGCUUAUAUCCCUUGCCUACAGAUAUCGACAAAUUACCAGUGAGUAAGGUCCUUGAGGUUGAGGCUGAUCAACCUAUCGAUCGAUUAUCAUUGCAAUUCCGCUGGACGAGAGAAGUCAUCCAGCAAUUUCAGGAACAACUUGAAAAGUUGGUAAUUCUUGACUACAUUAUGAGAAACACCGAUAGAGGAGCUGACAAUUGGAUGAUCAAGUUGGAAUGGAGAGAGCUCUCAAGCACCGGAACUCUGAAGAAAGUAUAUCCAUAUUUGAGGAUAGGUGCCAUCGACUCAGGACUUGCUUUUCCGUGGAAGCAUCCUGAUGGCUGGAGAUCGUUCCCUUUUGGAUGGUUGUUUUUACCAUAUACCAUCAUUGGCCAACCCUUUUCAAACAAAACUAGGCAGCAUUAUUUAGCCCUUUUGACGUCAUCAUAUUGGUGGGAGCAGACCAUUAUCAAGCUUAGAAAUAUCUUUGAGCAGGACGCAGACUUCAAAGAGAGGAUGUGGCUAAAGCAGGUUGCCGUCUUAAAGGGACAAGCCUUCAAUCUUGUCGAGGUCUUGAGAAUACCACAGGCUGGGCCUCUUGAACUCACAAGAAGAGAGCGAGUACUUAUUUGGGACGAUGAAAUGCAUGUACCCACCCAUGUCAACAACAGAAUCUUGAGCAACGCACUAGAAUCAAGCAUUUAUGACGUGACUUCGGCAGAACAUCAAUCGAAUGGCAAAAAUGACGAAACUACUCCACUUCUUGAGCCACCUAAAAGAACAAAGUCGGACGCAGGAAAGUGA